AUGAAGACUGACUUGGUGGGAAUCUCAGGCCAAAAGAAAGAAGCCAGCAAGGAGAUGCAUAGCAUGCAGUCAUUGAACAGACAAGACAGCCUGGACUUCAACAGGGAGGAUGGCAGAGCCACUCUCAUCCUGACCUUCACCCUGUGCAAUGUAGGGAAGAUUGAGCUCUCUAAGGCAGCCAAAGUUUUUGAGAUGUUUGAAACUGAGAUUCAUCACUUUGAAACCAGACGAGCCAGAAAGUCCAAGAAUUCUGAUGGUGAUCUUGAUGUUUUUGUUGAAUGUGAAAUUCGCAGUGCUGAUAUUAGUAUCCUUAUCGCUUCCUUGAAGAGAGUAGCAGAGAAUGUGAAAACAAGCAGAGAAGACAAAGUGCCUUGGUUCCCCAGAAAAGUCCAAGAUCUGGACAAUUGUCACCAUCUGAUCACUAAGUAUGAUCCGAAUUUGGACCAUGGUCACCCUGGAUAUGCUGACCUGGAGUAUAAGAAACGGAGGGCAUUCUUUGCUGACCUUGCCUUUAAUUACAGAGCAGGAGACCCUUUGCCUCACAUCAAGUACACAGCACAGGAGACUGCAACUUGGAGAGAAGUCUACAGGAAGCUGAGCAGCCUUUAUCCUACUCAUGCUUGUACACAGUACUUGGAUGCUUUCCAGCAGUUGGAGAAAUACUGUGGCUACCAAGAGGAUAAUAUACCUCAACUUCAGGAUGUCUCCACAUUUUUAAAAGAGAGGACAGGUUUCCAGCUGAGGCCAGCUGCAGGACUGCUGUCUGCUCGUGACUUCCUUGCUCGCUUGGCAUUUCGUGUCUUCCAGAGCACACAAUAUAUAAGGCAUUUCUCUUCUCCUGUGCAUUCCCCAGAACCAGACCUCUGCCAUGAGUUGUUGGGUCAUGUUCCCAUGCUAGCUGACAAAGAAUUUGCCCAGUUCUCACAGGAUAUUGGACUGGCUUCUCUUGGAUCAUCUGAAGCGGAAAUUGAGAAACUGGCCACACUUUACUGGUUCACUGUGGAGUUUGGUCUCUGCAAAGAAAAUGGAUCAAUCAGAGCUUAUGGGGCAGGACUGCUUUCGUCUUAUGGGGAACUUAAGUACGCUUUGUCAAACAAGCCAGAGUACAAACCUUUUGAUCCAGAAGUGACUGCAGUUCACCCCUAUCAAGAUCAAGCUUUCCAGCCUGUUUAUUUCAUAGCAGAAAGUUUGGAAGAUGCCAAGGUCAGACUUCAGAACUAUGCAAUGCAGAUCAAGAAGCCUUUUUCUCUGCACUUUGACCCGUUCACAAGCAGCAUAGAGGUUAUGAACAUACCUCAGAAAGUCAAGAGGACACUUUAUCAAAUGAAGGAGGAACUGAAAAGCCUCUGCUUGGCCCUGGAAAACCUUUCAUGA